CGAUUAUCGAUGACACCUAACAGCUGAAAUAUGGCAACGCUCUGCUGUGAGUUUUAAAUCGAAAAAAAAAUACGUUGAGCGCCAGACUUGAAAUGCGCUGUUUUCUGCUGUUCAGCGUUCUCCUUGCAACAUUCUGCAACGCCAGCUACGAUUAUUAUCGCUUGCCAAGCGCCGUCAGACCGCAACACUAUAACCUGCGCAUCAUGACACAUCUGGAAGAAGCCAGCCGCCAGUUCUUCACGGGCGACGUCGAAAUACAAAUUCACGUUUUGCAAUCCACCGGAAAUAUCACUUUACAUGCCGGAGCCCAUUUGAAUAUUGUCAAGAAUGGGACACGCUUGAAGCGCAUAAAGCCGGAUUGCCACGAACUGAUUGACAUUCGAGACAUCGAACGCAAUUUUAGAAAUGAUUUCUAUAUACUUCAUUUGGAUGCAGAUCUGCAGCGAGGACAGCGUUUUCUAUUGCGCCUACAAUUCUGGGGAAGAUUGGGCCGCUCCAUGACCGGUUACUAUGCCAGUUCGUAUGAAGAUAACUGCUCCAAAAAAUUCAUGUCGGUUACUCAAUUUGAGCCUGCGGAUGCUCGUUCGGCUUUUCCCUGUUUCGAUGAGCCCGCCUUGAAGGCGACCUUUAACAUAACCCUGGGCCAUCACUCCAAAUACAAUGCACUCAGCAAUAUGCCCAUCAAUCAGAAGAUUCCAAUAUGUGAACGCAAGAACUGGGUGUGGAGCAUAUUCAAGCAGACGGAGCUGAUGUCCACCUAUCUGGUGGCGUACAGCAUCAACGACUUCAAGGGCUAUGCCUCGCGGACCAAGAAGUACCAAUUGAGUUUCACCACCUGGUCGCGUUCAUCUGCCAUUAAACAGUGCAGAUAUGCGGCCGAGAUUGGGCCAAGGAUACUGUCGUACUUUGAGGAUAUGUUUGACAUUGAGUAUCCGUUGCCCAAAAUGGAUCUGCUGGCUGUGCCCGAUUUCAAUGCGGGCGCCAUGGAGAACUGGGGAUUGAUCACGUUUCGGGAAGCGUCUUUGUUUUAUGACGAGACUGACUCAUCCGACUUGGACAGACAGCACGUGGCGAAUAUAAUUGCACACGAAGUGGCUCAUCAGUGGUUUGGCAAUCUGGUCACAAUGGAAUGGUGGAAUGAUCUCUGGCUGAAUGAGGGAUUCGCCACCUAUAUGGCAACGUUGGUCAUGGAGAAGAUAUGCCGCAAGUGGCAUGCCUACGAGGAGGAGUCAUUGGACAAUGUCCUCGCGGUGCUCAACACGGAUGGCUAUUGCAAUACUCGCCCGAUCCAUCAGGCGGUGAACCGGGCCAGUCAAAUAACGGAACUCUUCGAUGCCAUCACGUAUCGGAAGGGUGCAGUCAUCAUACGAAUGAUGCACAUGCUCAUUGGCGAUGUGGCAUUUCGACGCGGUCUCAAUUGUUAUCUGGUCAAGCAUGCCUUUGGCAAUGCCAGGCAGGAGGAUUUGUGGCAUGCCCUGACGGAGGCAGCGCAUCAGUGUGGCAGCAUUGUCGAGGAUGUCGAUGUGCAGACCAUGAUGGACACGUGGACCCUGCAGAAGGGCAUACCCCUAAUUAAUGUGCAGCGUCAGUAUGAUAUGAGAACGGCAACGAUAACCCAGCGACGAUAUCUCAUUCAAAUUGCCAAUCUAGAUCAACCAGCGACAGAUGAGUCCUGUUGGCUGGUGCCCAUCAGCUAUGCCACCGAUUGUCUAUCCAAUUUCGUUGCAACCGAGUCGCGUGCCUUUCUGCGUUGCACCGAGCAGCACGAGGCAUUGCCACUGAAACUCCAGGAUCUACCCGGCGAGAACGAGUGGCUGAUCCUCAAUGUGCAGGUGGCAACACCAUAUCGCGUCAACUACGACAUCACCAAUUGGGAGCUGAUCAUCAAGUCGCUGCUGAGCAAAGAUUUCAAGCGCAUUCACGUCAUGAAUCGAGCUCAACUGAUAGAUGACUCCAUGGCGUUCGCCUGGAGUGGCCUGCUGCCCUAUGAAAUGGCCGUGGAGCUGCUCUCUUACCUGAGGCACGAGCCGGAUUAUAUGCCAUGGCGUGCCGCAUUAGAUCAACUAAAUGCGAUUUAUCGCAUUGUCCGACAAACAAAACAAUUUCCGGAAUUUCAGCAAUUUAUGCAGUAUCUACUGGAGCCCAUAUAUGGCCAGCUGGGGGGCAUGCAUAAGGAUACGGAAGGCCAUCACCAUGUGGCCCACAAGGCGUUGAUCACCAAGUGGGCGUGUCGCUUAAAGCAGGAGGAUUGCGUGGAGCAUGCGUUAAGAUACUAUCAUCGCUGGCUUAUCUGCGACGAGCCGGAUGAGACAAAUCCAGUGCCGCAGAAUCUGAGAUCAGUUGUCUACUGCACAGCCAUACGGCAUGGCGAUGACGAGGAUUGGAACUUUCUGUGGCAACGAUAUCGCAACACUGGGGUGGCCAGUGAGCAGCGGCAGAUACUCCUGGCACUCGGUUGCAGCCACAAGGUGUCCCUGCUCGAGCGCUAUCUGAAUAUAAUCUACCAUGAGAAGUCCUUUAUACGCAAACAGGAUGCCUCCCAGAUCUUUGGCGCCAUUGUGCGCAACCAUGUGGGCUUUCACAUAACAAAGGAUUUCUUUUUGCACAAAUUCAAGUUACUCAACGCCUACUACCAUUCGAACACAAGGGAACUGGUCGGCAUGUUCAUCCAAAUAGCUCAGCAGACAAGCUGCGCGAUGGGCUAUCGCCAGUUGAUGGUGUUCAUCAACACGCACCAGGAGCUGCAGCAGAGAUCGGGCCGCAGCCUGCGACGUGCCUUGGAGCAGGUGAAACUGAAUAUGCGCUGGCGCCAAAAGCAGAUGGAAGAAUUCGUCUGCAUUCUGGGAAAGCGCAAUUGAAGUUUGUAAUUAAAAAUAUUGUA